AUGGCCGUCUCUUGUUUGUCAUCAGGUUUUCCCACUGCUACCGGACAAGCAGCAGAGGAAGUUGCAAAGAUUGAGCGGCCGGGAAGCCCAAUUAUAUGGAAAAUCAGCUGGAGUCCGUCCAAGUCAGAGCACAGGGAGUUGUUGGCUGUGUUGGAUUGGAACCAAAAACUGUCGUUGUAUCAGCCAACCGGAAAACAGGUUGGAAAAGACCGCAACCUUUCCUUCGACCCUUGCGGCCUAUCGUGGUUCGGAUCGAAACACGAGAUGCUUGCGAUAUGUGGUUCGGAUGGAUCUUGUGCGUUGUACAACCUUGAAGGAAACCGCCUGGCCCCUGUUACUCGUCAGCAGUCAUGGAUAUGGUGUUGCUGUGCUCGACCUGGAAGAGACCAGAUUACCGUGGGAUGUCAAGACGGUAGUCUUGAAACAAUUCAGUUGUCACUCAACGCCGUACACAGUGUCUAUCGUGACCGAUACGCCUACCGGGAGUCACUGACGGAUGUGGUUGUGCAGCAUUUGGUUACUCAACAGAAAGCGCGUAUAAAGUGUCGAGAUUACGUGAGGAAUAUAUCGGUGUACAAAAAUCGCCUUGCGAUACAGCUUCCAGAUAAAAUCCUGAUAUAUGAGCCUUCAACGGAUCAACCUACGGAUAUGCAUUACCGGAUACGGGAGAAACUCAUACGUGCUGUGGAAUGCCAGUCACUGUUAGUGACAACUCACAAUUUAAUCCUUUGUCAGGCCAACAAACUGACUCUGCUAAACUUCCAAGGCGUCAAGGAACGCGAGUGGAGCCUGGAUGAUGCUGUUCAGUACAUGCGAAUCAUCGGAGGCCCGCCAACAAAGGAAACAGUGCUCGCUGGCAUGAAGAAUGGUCAGGUGAUUAAGGUGAUCUUGGACAAUGCAUUUCCGAUCCACCUAGUCAGCUGCCCCAAUGGAAUCCGCUGUGUUGAUGUGAGCAGAAACCGGGACAAACUGGGUGUGAUCGAUGACAGUGGUACGCUAAGCAUCUUUUGUCUGAGGACCAAGGACUUGCUAUUCCAGGAACCCGCUGUGCUCAGUCUGGCUUGGAGCACCACCGACAAUGAGUUACUUAGUUACAGCGGGGAUGGUGUGCUUUUCAUCAAGGCCGGACAGUGUCCAAGCUACGCUGAACACGUCAAGGGUGUCACAGUUGGUUUUUGCGGAUCAUAUGUUUACUGUCUGCAAGAAAAUCUCAUAAGCAUAAUCGAGGUCUCCUUGUCUCCGGCAAUGUACUACUACAUAGAGGCUGGGAGCCUGCAUGAAGCACAGAAAAUGGCGCGUCAUGGAUUGACCGACCCCGACUGGACCGCACUUGGCCGCACUGCUCUCAACAAACUGAACUUGGAGGUGGCCAAAUACGCGUACUUGCAUCUGGGUGCUAUAGUCAUGUUGACGUUUAUUCAACAACUUGAGGAUCGCCGACGUCGCAGCGAUUGGGAUGAAAAAGAGGUCGGCACCUGCCCUGCUUCGCUAGUGGCCAUGGGCGAUGUCGCUGCGUAUAACGGAAACUUCGCCGAGGCAGCAUCCUUUUACUCACGAGCUGGAUCCACAGUAAUUGGCACUAAUCGUACAGUCGAAAUGUACUGUGAUUUAAGACGAUUCGACGAUGCAAAGGAGUCAAUGAGCGCUUCUGGAGACUCAAGUGGGCAACGGUUAUUGAUUAGAAGGCACGCGGACUGGGCGAGGUCGACCAACGAUCAUCAUAAGGCAACGAAGAUGUACGUGGAGAUUGGCGAAUAUGCUGCGGCAAUUGAACUGGCCGGUGAACACGCCUGGACCGAUAUUUUGCUGGAGGUCAGCCGUCGUUUGGACAAGGGUGAUCGAGAUUGCUUAGAGAUGUGUGCGUCACAUUUGGCACGUCUGGGGGAAUACGCAUUCGCAGCCGAUUGCUAUGCAAAGUACGGCGAUGUGGAAAAACAGGUGGCGUUGCAGGUGGAAGCCCGAAAUUGGGAUGAAGCUUUUAGCCUUGCGGAAAAAUACCCAGAAUACGUAAGCCAUGUGUACUUGCCGUAUGCCCAAUGGCUGGCAGAAAAUGACCGAUUCGAGGAAGCUCAAAUCGCGUUUGCGAAAGCCGGGUUUCGAUCCGAAGCAAUUCGAGUGCUCGAACAAUUGGCCUUGUGUGCUGCAAAUCUGUCACGUUUUGAAGAUGCUGCCUUCUACCACUGGAAGCUCUCAAUGCAGUGUCUAGAAAUGGCGAGAGAUACCAACGAUCGAUUCAAACAACUGGAGCUGUUGGACAACUUUUCGCACUUACAACAGAAGGCAGAUAUCUAUUACGUCUACUCAAACAUCCACCGUCACAUGCACGAGCCGUUCACCUCGCAAAUGCCGGAAGCCUAUUUCAACAUGGCUCGUUACCUUGCCAACCUACUGCAAACCAACGAGGUGAACGCGGUGUCCAAAGCCGCUGUGUUGUAUACACUAGCACGACAUGGCAAAACUCUGGGCGGCUACAAAUUGGCCCGAUGUGUUUACGAUCAGUUACAGCAUUUACAUAUGCCAUACAAAAUGACAAAAGCAGUGGAACUUGCCAGUUUGGACAUUCGAUCAAAACCUCUUGUGGAUUCCGAGGAGGUGAAUGUCAUCUGUUAUCGUUGUUCGACCACAAACCCUCUACUGAACGCAACUGGGAAUCGGUGCACGCAUUGUGGAGAACCAUUUGUUUACUCCUUCAUUUCAUUUGAACAAUUACCGUUGGUAGAGUUCAUACCGGAAGAGAGCUUAUCCCACGAGAAAGUUUUGGAACUUCUGAAAUUUGAUCCGUGUCCUCAGACUCUCAAGGCGAAUGGCACUUAUGGCAAAAAGAACGGCCGAACAGAUCAAUCUGUUUCACAAACGUUGAAGGUUUCCAGUAAUUUCGGUGAUGCAACAUCGGAGCAUGAUCCGUUUACGGCCAAGCUACUGAGUGCUGAUCUCAGCUCCGGGCCAUACAAGCCAGUGUGCCUUGACGAAGAGACGCUGCGACACAUUCCGGCCUCUGAAGUGAUUAUAUUGGAACGACCCAGCCCGUUACGCCCGCGGUAUUACAAAUCCAUUUUGCCCGAAAUUGGCAUAACUCAGUGUUUCACGUGUCACAAGCUUUUCAACACAGACGACUACGAAUUGGCCGUGUUGCAAAAAGGUCACUGUCCGUUUUGUCGGACAUCCAGAGAGUGAAGCAGCACGUGAAGAAACCAGUGAAGCGAGUUCAAGUGGAACCAGCUGAGAAGCGUCACAGUUGUUGUUGUUGUUGUUAGAUGAAACAAUACACCAUUGAUUUUCCC